AUGGACAUCCAAUCCUCGACUAAGAUCUCGAAAUGCUCCAUCUGCCAAAACCCAACCAACUUGGUUUGUAGCGGCUGCAGCGAAGACCCUCUCAACGAAAACAAGAAAACCAGAUAUUGCAGCCGGGAUUGCCAGAGCGUUGAUUGGCCCCUUCACAAGAGAAGCUGCCAAAUGCCCAGGGCUCGCGUUGCCACCGGCAUCCUCGAAGUUCCUGUUGAUCUCAAGAACCACAGACGGGAAGUGGUUAGAACAAAUCACCUCAACCUACGAAACAUGGAAAGACAUGAGGUGCUAAGGGUGGUACUGAAGCACGGCGGUGAAGUGUAUGCCCCUGACAUUGCAAGCGCUCAGUAUGGCUUUUACAAGCCUGUAGCUGUCUGGGACGAAUUUGUGGAUACUCGCGUGAAUAGAUUUGUUUGGAUGGAGGAAAACCGACUUAGCGCCCGGAACCUCCUUCGAUUGAGGAAAGGCGAGUUUGAGCUGAGAGAGACUGAGCUGCUUGAGUUCAUCAAGGGACGAACUCGAUUGGAUACCGAACUGGUGCAAGAAGCAUUUGAGAUUAUCAAGGGAGCAGCAGCAGAAGGAAGGAUCUGA